AUGAUCAAAGAGCAGACGACUUUGGAAGACAUUCUGGCCAGAGCUCCUCUACAAGCCAUUGGAGCCUAUUCUGAAAUUGUACAGGAUUUCUCACAAUCCCUUGAUAAUCUCAUAAGUGCCAUCGAAGAAUGGGCUUUCACUUACGGACUCGAGCACGAGUACAGGAGUUUUGUCAACGAGUCAGAGAGAGAAAAUGCUGACUACAAAACAGCUAUGAGGGAGCUGUAUCCUAUCCUUACGGAAUUUCUCGGUGAUCACAUGAAAAUUGAAAACGAUAGGAAACGGCCGUUAAUGCUGGCCUUCGACAGGGCCUCAGCACUACCAGACAAAACUGCAAAUAGGCAAACAGUUGUCGAAGGGAUUAUCAAGUCCUAUCUUCCAUCGCUAGCCGGUGCUUCUAACAGCGCA